AGUAUUGGUUCUAGACACACAAAUAGAUUAAGCGUUUCCCCCCUCUACCAACCUCUUAAAUCCCAAUGAGGUCACUGCAAUGAGAGAGAAUCAGAUCAAGAGAGAGGGGGAGGAAGAGGACGACGACGAGGGAGAAGAAACCCAGACGGAAAGAGGCCAUCAGACAAGGUCGCUUUUUCUGGCGACACAGCAACACAGAGGAGCGUGGUGCUGAAUAUCAUCCACCCGCUCAGCCUGGGGAACCUGGGACUCGCAGAAGCACUUUGUGUUACCACGAAAACAAAGAAGAAAUGAGAGGGAGACGGAAAGACAGGCUCUGAGCAAUUACGCUUUGAAUCUCCCGGAAGCAAAGCUCAUUCCCUUGGCUAGGAAAGAAAGGGGAGCUUGAAAGGGUCGGGAGGCUAAGGAGAGAGCGGGAUUUCCCUGUGGAGACUUGGUACGCGGCAGAACUCUGGACAGCGCCUCUCUAGCGGGGCUCGGAGCUCCCUAGCUGCUCCAGGUUUCUGGCUCCUUGAAAGACCUACUACUGGGUUUUCUCUCCUUUCCUGGACUCCAGCCGCUGACCCCAGGAAAACCAUUUUACGUAUGAUCCCGGUCUGAUCGAGCCAGGGGGUGGAACUGCUCCUUUGCCUCUGGCCGAGUCAGGGAAGAGAGUCUCCGGUUCUGAAAAAAUGCAGUCGUGGAUUAUGUUUCGCUGGUGAAGAAAGAAAAGUUUUGGGGUCUGGUGGGGGGCGGAGGGGUAAAGAGGAUAGUGGAAGAAAGAAGGUGGAUGGUUGGUUUUCCUCUCUGAUCUGGAAGGAAUGAUGACCGAGAAAGGAUGUGCACCAGCGGCCAGAUUAUUGGGAGCCUUUUGGUGCUCUCUGUAUUGGAGAUAGGGCUGGGGGUGUCCAGCGUGGCCGUAGGGGCGGUCAGCUUCAGCCUGGCCCUCCGAGAGCACAAGCCGCAGCUCGGAGACUCGUCCCCGGUAUGGAGCGGGGUGUGUUUUCUACUCUGUGGCAUCUGUGGGAUAUUGUGCGCCAAAAAAAAAUCUGGACUUGUCAUGAUCCUCUUUUCUGCCUGCUGCAUCUGUGGGCUCAUUGGGGGCAUCCUGAAUUUUCAAUUCCUCCGGGCAGUGACAAAGAAGACGUCGUCCCUCUAUCCUCUGCAUCUGGCCUCCAUGUCGCUUGCGUGCAUCGGCAUCGGGGGUUGCACACUGUCUUCAUGGCUCACGUGUCGACUUGCCAGCUAUGAACAGAGGAGGAUGUUUUCAGAACGGGAACAUUCGCUGCAUCACUCUCAUGAAAUGGCCGAGAAAGAAAUGACAGACAACAUGAGCAACGGAGGACCACAGUUGAUAUUUAAUGGAAGAAUAUAAUGAAUGUUUUCAAGAAAUAAACACUUUCUAGGAUUUUCAUGAGGCAAGAAAAUACCAAAGGACUAGGAGAAAAAAUUGAAAACAGUUUUUGCAUUUGCUGUUCUCUCUCUCCUGUGCACACACUAAAAUUAUUCGUCUGCAAGUUUGCCUCAUUUAUUUCUUCGGCUUUUUUUAAAUUGGGUGAAAUCUUUCAGAAAUGUUCUAGCACGGUAAUUUCAAUAUUCUUUCUAGAUUGUUCUAAUGAAAACAUUUCAGAAAAAGAAAGAGGAAGUGGAUGAAAGAGUCACAUUCUAGACAAACACUAUUUGCUUAGUAUGAGUGUCAGAUUUGUAAUGACAUUUCAUAUAAAUCAUUAAAAAGCGAGACUAUCAGUAAAUAACAUCACUUAAUUAAUGUCUUUGUUUUGAAAGACGAUGGCUUCAAGAAUGCCACAAUCCAGCACCUCAGCAAUGCCUUGUUAUAAAAAUAUUGUAAUUAUUUUCAAUUUGUGAAUGAACUCUAUUUCAUAAUUUAUUUGUAAACAAUAAAAAAUAAAGUAUUAAAAAGACAUUUUUUAGAGACAGACAAUACUAAUCUGUAUGAUAUUUUUGCAUUUUUGCACAAGCGUGAAAACUUGUAAAUGAAUAUCAUUCAUGAGAAAUAAACUUGUUUUGAUCGUACUGUGAAGGUUGAUCUGCAUGUUCAUGAAUUAGCUAAAGAAUAAAAUCAAGUAUGUGUGUGUGCGUGUGUGUAUGUAUACUACUGUAAAUAUAGUAAAUAUAUACAGCAUAUAUUUAUAGAAUUCAUGAAUGUAAAUAGGUAGGAAAAACCUGUGAUUCUCUGGUUGUUACCAUGAAUCUAUUUCCACAGAGAUGGAAAAGCAGUAAAAUGUUCAAGGUUUUCUGUGCACUUAAAAUCACAUAUUUGAUUUUAACUAAAUUAGUUCAUUCUUAUUCUUUUUAUUAUGUCUGUUGUGUGUAAAUAUCA